GAGGCCCUUGGCUCCGCCCUGCCCCCGCGGCCUGGUUUUCUGAGCGGCCUGCUCCAGCUGCCUGCAUUUGCAGCUCGCGGCUGACGUAGGAGAGGACCUACGGGGCCCUGAGUUCAGGCGCCUAGCAAACUUAAUGUCAGGAACCAGAGGCGGGUCUCCGAUGCAAGGUCGCUGGGGCGGAGGUCACGGAAACACUGGAGAAAUGCUGAGCCGAUUAUCAGGGCUGGCAAAUGUUGUUUUGCAUGAAUUAUCAGGAGAUGACACUGAUGAAAAUAUGAGGGCUUCUUUGGAUCCUGAAAUACCCCAAGAAUCAAACAUGGAGUUGAAUAAUAGAACACAAGAGGAUGCCAUGGAACGCCUGGCUUAUACAGAACAAAUGGUGGUGGAGCUAAAAGAAAUGAUUCGACAGAAAGAUAUUGAACUACAGCAAAAGGAUGAAAUUCUACAGGAAGAAAGAAAAGCUGCUGAUAAUAAGAUAAAAAAGCUAAAACUUCAUGCUAAGGCCAAACUAACUUCUUUGAAUAAACAUAUAGAAGAAAUGAAGGCACAAGGGGGGACUAUUUCACCUACAGAACCUCAUUCAGAGGAGCAACACUCUAAGCAUGAUAAGAGUUCUACAGAGGAAGAGUUGGAAGCAGAAAAGAUAAAACUUAAACUUCAGGAGAAGGAGGAACUAAUUAGCAGUUUGCAAGCUCAACUCAUCCAGGCACAGACAGAGCAAGCUAAACAAUUUGAUAAGAGUUCUACAGAGAUGGAAGAAUUUGAAACUAUAAAGCAACAGCUCCAAGAAAAGGAGGAAAUCAUUGGUACUUUGCAAGCCCAACUCAGCCAGAUACAGGCAGAACAAGUUGCCCAGUUGAGUUCCAUGCAGCAGGUGGUCCGAGAAAAAGAUGCCCGCUUUGAAACACAAGUUCGUCUUCAUGAAGAUGAGCUUCUUCAGUUAGUAACCCAGGCAGAGGUGGAAGCAGAAAUGCAACAGAAAUUGAGGGUGCUACAGAGGAAGCUUGAAGAACAUGAAGAAGCCUUGCUGGGCCGUGCACAGGUGGUGGACUUGCUGCAACAGGAGCUGACUGCUGCUGAACAGAAAAAUCAGGUUCUCUCUCAGCAGUUACAGCAGAUAGAAAUGGAGCAUAAUGCUUUAAAAAACACUGUGGAAACAGAAAGACAGGAAUCUAAGAUUCUGAUGGAAAAGAUGGAACUUGAAGUAGCGGAAAGAAAAUUGUCCUUCCAUAAUCUGCAGGGAGAAAUGCAUCAUCUCCUAGAACAGCUUGAGCAAGCAGGUCAAGCCAAGGCUGAGCUACAAUUCCGAUACAGUGCUCUGGAGCAGAAAUACAAAGUGGAAAUGGAAGAUAAGACUUCUUAUAUUGUGAGACUUCGAAAGACUGAACAAGAACUGCACUCUGCCUGUGAUACUCUAAAGGAUGAAAAUUCAAAGCUUCUGCAAAAUCAGAGUGAGCAGGCUGUUAAUUCAGCUCAGACCAUUCAAGAACUUGAAGAUCAACUCCAGAAAAAAUGCGAAGAACUUAGUCAAUUUUUAAAUAAACCAAAUUUGUCAAAGGAUGAAACAGCAUCCCAGACUUCUUUCCCAGAUGUUUAUAAUGAGGGCUCACAGGCAGACACAGAGGAGAAAAUUGCCUUUUUGCAGAAGAGAGUAAUAGAAUUAGAGAAUGAAAAGGGAGCCCUGCUUCUUAGUUCUGUAAAACUGGAAGAGCUGAAAGCUGAGAAUGAAAAGCUGUCUUCUCAAAUUACUCUUUUAGAAGCUCACACUAGAUCUGGAGAGGCAGAUAGAGAAUUCAGUGAGAUCAGCAUGAUUGAUCAGCUCGACAAGAGAAGCUUUUAUGGAGAGGAAAGUCAACAAGAUGUCCUUGAUAAGACAUUUUCUCAAAAACAUAAAGAACUAUCUGUUUUAUUGUUGGAAAUGAAAGAAGCUCAGGAGGAGAUUGCAUUUCUUAAGUCGCAACUCCGAGGCAGCCGGGCAGAGGGAAGCCCUGAGGUCCUUGGUGAUAAAGAAAUGAAGCCUGUAGAGAGUGAAGGAAUAGCUCCAGAUGGAAUGAAAAUAUUGCUUGAAGAUACAGGGCAACAUCUUUCUCCAAUGCCAAAUGAAGGGAACAGCCUUCCAACAAUUGAAACUGAAGAACAGAUGAGCACUAAGCAAUUAAAUAAAGUAUCCAAGGAAAUGUCUUUAUGUGACACUGAAAUGGAAUCAAAGUCAACAAAGCAGGAUAAUGCUGAUAAACCCUCCUCUGAUGUACCAGAUAUUUGUCAGUGUCACCAGGAUGAAUUAGAAAGACUGAAAGGUCAAAUUUUGGAGCUUGAGACAAAUUUUAACACAGCAGAGAAAACCUACGAGAAAAAUAUAGAUGAGAAAGUAAUGGAAAUAAGCAACUUAACUCACUUGAUAGAAGAGUUUAAGAAAAAUGCUGAGAACAGCAGCAGUGCAUUCACUGCUUUGUCAGAAGAAAGAGAGAGGCUUCUUUCUCAGGUGAAGGAACUUAGUGUAGUAGCAGAACUAAAAGCUCAGGUAAAACAACUAGAAGUGAGCCUUGAAGAAGUUGAGAAGCAAAGAAGACUUGAUUAUGAAGGUCAAACUACUCAACAGAACUUGCUUACUGAACAAAUCCACAGUCUUAGCAUAGAAGCUAAAUCUAAAGAUGUGAAAAUUGAAGUUUUACAGAAUGAGCUGGAUGAUGUGCAGCUUCAAUUUUCUGAGCAGAGUACAUUAAUAAAAGGCUUGCAAAGCCAACUGCAAGAGAAGGAAAGUGAAGUACUUGAGGGGGCAGAACGUGUGAGAGAUAUCUCAAAUAAGAUGGAAGAACUGUCACAGACUCUUUCACAGAAAGAAUCUGAAAUAGUAAAAAUUAAUCAGCUUUUACUAGAGAGGAAGAGGGAUAUGGAAACUCUUCAAAAAACCAUUGAAGAAAAGAAUCAGCAAGUCACAGAAAUCAGCUUUAGUAUGACUGAGAAAAUGGUUCAGCUUAAUGAAGAGAAAUUUUCUCUUGGAGUUGAAAUUAAGACUCUUAAAGAACAGCUAAAUGUAUUAUCUAGAGCUGAAGAAGCAAAAAAGGAGCAAACAGAUGAAGAUAAAGUAGUUGUUUCUGACAUUAAACAGAAUUAUGAGUUGAAUCCAGCAGGGGUAAUAAGUAAAGAAGAACUUCAGCAUGAACUAGACCUUGUAAAGAAAGAAAAUGAACAAAGGAAGAGAAAGCUCCAAGCAGCUCUUAUUAAUAGAAAGGAACUUCUGCAAAAAGUUAGUAGAUUAGAAGAAGAAUUGGCAAAAGUAAAAGAUGAAUCUAACAAUGAGACCUCCUUUAGUGACAAUGAAAAGAAAGAAAUGCAGGAAAAUAAAGAAAGCAAGGAAGACUUAGAGAAAUGUGUGACUUCUAAGUGCCAGGAAGUAGAAAUUUCCUUAAGACAGGCAAUAGCUGAGAAAGAAGCAGAAUUAGAGCAUGUAAGAAAGGAUUUGAAAGAAAAAAUAGCAGUUGAAGAACAGUUUCAAGCCAUGCUCCAACAGAUGAAUCAUAAUUUGCAAGAGAAGACAAGCCAAAUAGAUUUGCUCCAAUCAGAAAUCACUGAAAACCAAGCCAUUAUCCAAAAGUUAACCACAGGUAAUAAAGAUGCAGGUGAUGGAAACUCAGCAGCACCUGUAAAAGAAACAGUGGCAGUCAGUUCACCAAAGGCAGGUAGUGGAGAACAACAACAGCCAGAACUGGAAGCAAAGAUCAUGGAUCUUGAAAAAGAAAAGGACCAACUUCAAAAGAAGCUGCAGGAAAUGUCUAACUCUCGCAAAGUAAUUCUAAAAAAGGCACAGGAAAAAGAAAAACAUCUUAGGGAGGAGCUAAAACAACAGAAAGAUGAUUAUAAUCACUUGCAAGAACAAUUUGAUGUGCAAAGGAAGGAAAAUAAGAACAUUGAAGAUGAGCUAAGGCAUCUUCAGAUUCUAAUCAGGGAGUUUGCCAGUGAAAAACUCCAAAGCCCUAACCAGCAGGAACCAUGCUCUCCCACUCAAGGUUUAGAAGAACCUUUGUUCAAAGCCACAGAGCAGCAACCUGUUGCCGAGUCCAACUUAAACCAACCUUGGCCCUCUUAUCCAGAAGAUGCAAAUACUUUUCAGGCCAGUGCUUUUAUUGCUCAGAUUAAUACCCAACUGAAAGAGUUAGAUUUUAAGAAAAAGGAGUUAGAGCUUAAAGUUGGUUCCACAGCAAGUGAACUUACUAAAAAAUCAGAGGAGUUACAUUAUUUACAAGAUCAGCUAAGUAAGCAGAACUUAGAAAUCCAGAAUCUGAAGAUGGCAUCCCAUGAAGCUGAGGCCCAUACUGAAAGUCUAAGGCAGAAAUUGGAAAAAUGUCAACUAAAGAUAGAUGGAUUAGAACAUUUGAGAGAAUUACAGCCUGAACUAGAUGAACUACAGAAAGUAGUAAGCAAAAAGGAAGAGGAAGUUAGAUACCUGUCUGGACAGGUUGGUGAAAAAGAAGCAUGCCUUACUAGAAUGCAGACAGAGAUAACAGAACAAGUGGAUUUAAUUAAGGCUCUACAUACUCAACUGGAAAUGCAAGCCAAAGAACAUGAUAAGAAGCUAAAGCAGUUACAGGUGGAACUUUGUGAAAUGAAGCAAAAGCCAGAGGAGGCUGAAGAAGAAAGUAAAGCAAAGCAACAAAUACAGAGAAAACUCCAGGCAGCUCUUGUUUCUCGAAAAGAAGCACUAAAAGAAAAGAAAGUUCUUCAAGAGGAGUUGUCUUUAGCCAGAGAUACUAUUGAACAGCUCACUAAGUCUCUGGGACAUGUGGAAAGCCAAGUUUCUGCUCAGAAUAAAGAAAAAGAUACUGUCUUAGCAAAGUUAGUUCUUCUUCAAGAAGAAAGAGACAAGCUCAUUACAGAAAUGGACAAAUCAUUACUUGAAAAUCAAAGUCUCACUGGCUCUUGUGAGAGUCUGAAGUUAGCUCUGAUGGGUCUUACUGAAGACAAGGAAAACUUAGUGAAGGAAAUGGAAACUUUGCAAUGUUCCAAGAUUGCAGAAAAUACUGAGUGGGAAGAGAAGCACAAAGAGUUACAAAAAGAAUAUGAAAUUCUUCUGCAGUCCUAUGAGAAUGUUAGUAAUGAAGCAGAAAGAAUUCAGCAUGUAGUAGAAACUGUGAGGCAAGAGAAGCAAGAAUUAUAUGGAAAGUUAAGAAGCACAGAAGGAAGCAAGAAAGAGGCAGAAAAGCAGCUGCAGGAAGCUGAACAAGAAAUGGAGGAGAUGAAAGAAAAGAUGAGAAAGUUUGCUAAAUCCAAACAACAGAAAAUUCUAGAGUUAGAAGAAGAGAAUGACCGACUGAGAGCAGAAGUACACCCUGCAGGAGGUACACCUAAAGACUGUAUAGAAGCACUUAGUUCUUCCAAUUACAGCUUGAAGGAGGAAUUAGACAAGGUCAAAACAGAGUAUGAAACCCUUUCUAAGGAUUUUGAGGCCAUAUUGAUUGAGAAGGAUGUUCUAAGUGAAGAGGUUCAGGUUUUAAAGCAUCAGAUAGAAGGUAAUAUACCCAAACAAGUUAGUUUAGAGAAACAAGAUAACCAAGUAGAUACCAUUGAAAAAGCAACACAGUAUGCUCCAGAUGAAGCAAAUGAGCAAGACUCUGUAAAUAUGAGCGCAAGGCUAGAUUAUUCAGAAUCCAUUCCAUCAGAGAACAGUGCCAUGCCUGAUGUAAGUGAGAAUGUCAACUCACAUGAUGAAAUUAAUAACUAUCUACAUCAGAUUGAUCAGUUUAAAGAAAGAAUUGCUGAAUUAGAGGAGCAAAAGGAGAAAGAAAAGGAAUUUAGUCAGACUUUAGAAAAUGAAAGGAACACCUUACUGAGUCAAAUAUCAGCUAAGGAUGAUAAUCUAAAAGUGCUUCAGGAAGAAUUAAAUAAAAUAAAACAACUAAAUCAGCAAAUCCAAGAAGAACUUACUAGAAUUACCAAACUGAAGGAGACAGCAGAAGAGGAGAAAGAUGAUUUGGAAGAAAGACUUAUGAACCAGUUAGCAGAACUUAAUGGGAGCAUUGGUAAUUAUUAUCAGGAUGUUACAGAUGCCCAAAUAAAAAUUGAAUUACUAGAAUCUGAAAUGCAGAACCUUAAAAAAUAUGUCAGUGAACUAGAAGAAGAAAAGCAGCAACUUGUCAAGGAGAAAACCCAGGUGGAAUCAGAAAUAAGAAAAGAAUAUUUAGAAAAACUAAAGGGUGCUGAGAAAGGGCCAAGCAAUAAAAGCCACGCAAAAGAACUACAAGAGCUAUUAAAAGAGAAACAGCAAGAGGUAAAGCAGCUUCAGAAGGACUGCAUCAGGUACCAAGAGAAAAUUAGUGCACUGGAGAGAACUGUGAAGGCCCUAGAAUUUAUACAAUCUGAGUCCCAAAAGGAUUUGGAGAUAACUAAAAGAAACCUUGCUCAGGCAAAUGAACACCGCAAGAAGGCAGAAACAGAAUUAGCUAGCUUCAAAGUUUUGCUAGAUGAUACUCAAAGUGAAGCAGCAAGGGUCCUAGCAGACAAUGCCAAGUUAAAGAAAGAACUUCAGUCCAAUAAGGAAUCAGUUAAAAACCAAAUGAGACAAAAGGAUGAAGAUCUUGAGCGGAGACUGGAGCAGGUUGAAGAGAAACAUCUGAAAGAGAAGAAGAAUGUGCAAGAGAAGUUAGAUGCUUUGCAUAGAGAAAAAGUUCACUUAGAGGAGACAUUUGGAGAGAUUGAAAUUACUUUGAACAAAAAAGAUAAGGAAGUUAAACAACUUCAGGAAAACUUGGACAGCACUGUGGCCCAGCUUGCAGCUUUCACUAAGAGCAUGUCUUCUCUACAGGAUGAUCGGGACAGGGUGAUAGAUGAAGCUAAGAAAUGGGAGAAGAAAUUCAGUGAUGCUAUUCAAACCAAAGAAGACGAAGUUAGACUCAAAGAGGAGAAUUGCAUUGUUCUAAAGGAUCAGCUUAGACAGAUGUCUAUUCAUAUGGAAGAAUUGAAGAUCAACAUUUCCAGGCUUGAACAUGAUAAGCAAUCUUGGGAACACAGGGCCCAGUCAGAGGUCCAGCGCCAACAAAAGGUCUGUGAUACUCUACAGGGGGAAAACAAAGAACUUUUGUCUCAGCUAGAAGAAUCUCAACAUCUAUACCACAAUUCUCAGAAUGAAUUAGCUAAAUUGGAAUCAGAACUUAAGAUUUUCAGAGACCAGUCAACUGAUUUAAAUAACUCAUUAGAAGAAAUUAAGGAAAAGAAAGAAAAUUUGGAAGGAAUCAUAAAGCAGCAAGAAGCUGACAUCCAAAAUUAUAAAUUUAGUAAUGAGCAACUAGAGACUGAUCUUCAGAACUCCAAACAACUGACUAGUAGAUUGCGUGAAGAAAUAAACAUGAAGGAACAGAAGAUUAUGGGUCUGCUUUCUGCCAGGGAGCAGGCACUCCAAGUAGUUGUUGCUGAGAUGCAUGCACAACGUGAUAAAGAAAUUCAGGAAUUAGAAAACCUGUUGUCCCAGGAGGAAGAGGAGAAUAUCGUCUUGGAAGAAGAAAACAAAAAAGUUGUUCAUAAAACUAAUCAGCUUGUAAAAUCACUGAAAAGCAUCAAGAAGGAAAAUGUGCAGCAGAAGGCCCAGUUAAAUUCCUUUGUUAAGUCCAUGUCUUCUCUACAGGAUGACAGAGACCGUAUAGUUGGUGACUAUCAAAAACUAGAAGAGCGACAUCUCUCUGUAAUCUUGGAAAAAGACCAACUUAUCCAAGAUGCUGCUAAUGAGAAUAAUAAACUUAAAGAAGAAAUUCGAUGCUUGAGAAGUCACAUGGAUGAUCUCAAUUCUGAGAAUGCCAAGCUAAAUGCAGAACUGAUUCAAUAUAGAGAAGACCUGAAACAAGUGAUAUCAAGAAAGGACUGUCAGCAAAAGCAGCUUCUUGAAGCUCAACUUCAGCAGACUAAUGAGCUGAAAAAUGAAUGUGCUAAAUUAGAAGAAAAGCUGAAAGAAUCUGCAGAAACAAAGGAAGAUCUACAAAGAUCCUCUAUUACCCUACAAGAGGAAAAACAAAGUUUAUCUAAAGAGAUUGAGAGUUUGCAAAUAACUAUAUCCCAACUAAAGAGACAAGUGGCAGCACUGCAAGAAGAAGAUUCUUUAGGAGUAUUGCAGGCCCAAUUAAAAGUAAAGGAAGAAGAGGCACAGAAGUUAAGUACUGCCCUGUCCUCCUCUCAAAAGAGAAUUGUGGAACUGGAAGAGGAAUUGGUUCAAGUUCAGAAGGAAGCUGCCAAGAAUGUGGGUGAAGUUGAAGAUAAGCUGAAAAAAGAAUUAAAGCAUCUUCAUCAUGAUGCAGGAAUAAUGAGAAAUGAAACUGAAACAGCAGAAGAGAGAGUGGCAGAGCUAGCAAGAGAUCUUAUGGAGAUGGAACAGAAACUCCUAAUGGUCACCAAAGAAAACAAAGAUCUCACAGCACAAAUCCAGUCUUUUGGAAGGUCUAUGAAUUCCCUACAAAACAGUAGAGAUAAUGCCAAUGAGGAGCUUGAUGAACUGAAAAGGAAAUAUAAUAUCAGCAUGAGAGAGCUGGCACAGCUGAAAGAACAACAAGGUCUCUUAAACAGAGAGUGUGAUGUGCUUGUUUCUAAAGCUUCCUUUCCAACAAACUCCAAUGAGGGCAAUAGCCAGCUUCACCUUGAGAAAUUCAGCCAACAGCUUCUAUCCAAAGAUGAACAGCUGCUUCACUUGUCCUCACAACUCGAAGAUGCUCACAACCAACUACAGACCUUUUCUAAGGCUAUGGCCAGUCUACAGAAUGAGAGAGAUCACUUGCUGAAUGAACUGCACAAAUUCCGCAAGUCAGAUGAAGGGAAACAGAAGUCUGUGACCCAACCUGUAACUAGCCCAGCUGAAUUACAGAGUUUAAAAAAAGCCAUGUCAUCGCUCCAAAAUGACAGAGACCGACUACUGAAAGAAUUGAAGAAUCUGCAGCAGCAGUACUUACAGAUUAACAAAGAAGUCACUGAGUUACGUCCACUGAAGGCUCAACUUCAGGAGUCUCAAGAUAAGACAAAGACAUUUCAGAUUAUGCAAGAAGAGCUCAGACAGGAACAUCUCUCCUGGCAGCAUGAACUACAUCAGCUCAGGAUGGAGAAAGGUUCCUGGGAAAUUCACGAGAGGAGAAUGAAGGAGCAGUACCUCAUGGCUAUCACAGACAAAGAUCAGCAACUCAGUCAUUUACGGAAUCUUAUAAGGGAAUUGAGUUCUGCGUCCUCCCAGAGUGAUACCCUCAACAAAGUGCAAUACCAAAGGCAGGCAUCCCCAGAGACAUCAGCAUCCCAGGAUAGGUCACAAAACCUAGUUUAUGAGACAGAUCUUCUUAGGACCCAGCUCAAUAAUACCUUAAAGGAAGUUCACCAAAAGGAACUAAGAAUCCAGCAACUGAACAGCAAGUUUUCUCAGCUACUAGAGGAGAAAAAUACCCUUUCAAUUCAACUUUGUGAUACCAGCCAAAGCCUUCGUGAGAACCAGCAGCAUUACAGUGACCUCUUUAAUCAUUGUGCAGUCUUGGAGAAGCAAGUUCAAGAGUUGCAGGCGGGGCCAUUGAUUACAGAUGUUGCUCCAGGAGCUCCACAGGAAAAGAAUGGCACUCACAGGAAGGAUGAUCUUGACGAACAAAGAGAGGCACAGCUAAGCUUUUCAGAAGCCCAGAAGCAGCUCUACAACACUAAACAGGAGAUGAAUGAAUUGAGAAAACUGCUAGAAGAAGAGCGAGACCAAAGAGCAACUGCUGAGAAUGCCCUCUCUGUGGCUGAGGAGCAGAUCAGACGGUUGGAGCAUGGUGAAUGGGACUCUGCUAGGACUCCUAUCAUUGGCUCCUGUGGCACUCAGGAGCAGGCACUGUUAAUAGAUCUUACAAGCAGCAGUUGUCGUCAGACCCGGAGUGGUGUUGGAUGGAAGCGGGUUCUGCGUUCACUAUGUCACUCUCGAACCCGAGUGCCACUGCUAGCAGCCAUCUACUUUCUGAUGGUCCAUGUCCUGCUCAUUCUGUGUUUCACAGGUCAUCUAUAAACAAAGUUCUCACCUUUUGGACCACUCCGCAGAACUUGGAUUUCCCUCACCUCCACUCGUCUGUUUCAGUGGAACAGUCUUCCCAUUUACAGAUAGUUUCUCCCAACUGCCCACAGAAAGUGCCUACAAUAGAGGGGUAGAUGAGCACAGAUUAUAGCUACAGGGAUCAACAAAUCUGCUUUUCCUACUGCCCAGACCCUGAGCACUUUUAAAUAUCUGAAGAGGCUCCAUAGUUGAUUGCUGAGCCUUCCGUUGUAUGGUGAUAGAUGCUGAGCGAUUUCUUCUAGCCAGGAGUAAGCCUAGUAAUCUCAAGUCCAGUAUCAUUUUUUUAUGAAACUUUCUUUGCCUCAUUUAUUUUAUAUAUUUUCCUUUCUUGCCACAGAGGGAAGAUAGUCCUGCCUUUAAAAUAAGUUCUAGGAAACAUAAAAUAUCUAAUUAGGUCUCUUGCAAAACAGAUCGAGCGCUGAAGAAUUCCUCGGGACUCUUUCCCUGGAUGUGCAGACAUCAUCACAGUGAGAUUUGUGCCUGGUCUAUAAAAUAGGAGGAUCCCAUUGCUUGUGCCCUUGAUUAAGUGUGCACUAAAGUAUUAACUGUCCAUGGAAAGAACUGGAUGUGUACAGGGGGAUUCAGAGUCUAGUCAUUUCUGUGAUCUCUAAAUAUGCCUUGAUUGUGGUUCCUAAGGCAGCAAACUGGGAACCUCUUUUAAGUGCCAGGGAAUUCUGAUUCCUAGCCUCUUGAAAGUGUUAGCUGUUGGUGACGGUUAUUCAAUUUUCUCAGUCCCAUAGACAUUGACUUCUAUGGUGACAGAUAUAAGGAAAAUGGAGGGAGAAUACAGAGAAGACAAAAAUGUUUAAAUCUAGGCCAGAGAACAAAAUUCAGAAUUGAUUUCCAUUUGUGCCUAUUCCUCCUUUUCCUCUUCUUUUUCUUUUGUGCCCAUGAUAUUUUCCCUAUGUACUCUCAUCAUUCAAAGAAAACAGAAAACUGGUGAACUGACUAAUCAUCCUUUGUUCUAUCACAACCACAUCUUGGCCAUAGCAAUCUAGGAACUUUCCUGAACUGUAAAAUAAAAGU